GCCGUUUCCUGGUGGCCUGGCGGCGGCGCGGGGGACGAUGCGGCGCAGGUCCCGGCUGCUCCUCUGCUUCGCCUUCCUCUGGGUUCUGGGCAUCGCUUACUACAUGUACUCGGGCGGCAGCGCCGCGCUGGCCGGCGGCGGCGGCGGCAGGAAGGAGGACCCAAAUGACAUCGAUGCCAAAAGGAAAGACUUGCAUGUCAAUGAUGGUGAGGACAAAGCACAAAGUGUGGAGACAUUGCCUCCAGGCAAAGUUCGGUGGCAAGACUUUGAUCAAGAUGCUUAUGUUAGCGCUACCAUGGUGCGAUCUGGUCAGGAUCCAUAUGCUCGCAAUAAGUUCAAUCAGGUAGAAAGUGACAAACUACGAAUGGACCGAAACAUUCCUGACACGAGACAUGAUCAGUGUCAACGGAAACAAUGGCGGAUAGAUUUGCCAGCCACUAGUGUGGUGAUCACCUUUCAUAAUGAGGCAAGAUCUGCUUUACUUCGAACUGUUGUCAGUGUCCUUAAAAAAAGCCCAUCACAUCUUAUUAAGGAAAUCAUACUAGUGGAUGACUACAGUAAUGAUCCUGAUGAUGGUGCUCUAUUGGGAAAAAUUGAAAAAGUGCGAGUUCUUCGAAAUGAUCGCCGAGAAGGCUUGAUGCGCUCCCGGGUCAGAGGGGCAGAUGCAGCACAAGCAAAAGUACUUACUUUCCUGGAUAGUCACUGUGAAUGCAAUGAACACUGGCUGGAGCCACUUUUGGAAAGAGUAGCUGAGGACAAGACCAGAGUUGUGUCUCCUAUUAUCGAUGUAAUUAAUAUGGACAACUUCCAGUACGUGGGGGCGUCAGCUGAUUUAAAAGGCGGCUUUGACUGGAACCUGGUAUUCAAAUGGGAUUACAUGACACCAGAGCAAAGAAGAGCACGGCAAGGAAACCCAGUUGCUCCCAUAAAGACACCCAUGAUAGCUGGUGGGUUAUUUGUGAUGGACAAAUCCUAUUUUGAAGAACUGGGGAAGUAUGACAUGAUGAUGGAUGUUUGGGGUGGAGAAAACUUAGAGAUCUCGUUCCGAGUUUGGCAAUGUGGUGGGAGCCUAGAAAUCAUCCCUUGCAGCAGAGUGGGUCACGUAUUCCGCAAGCAACAUCCGUAUACAUUUCCUGGUGGGAGUGGUACUGUAUUUGCAAGAAAUACACGCAGGGCAGCGGAAGUCUGGAUGGAUGAGUACAAGAAUUUCUAUUACGCAGCAGUGCCUUCAGCCAGGAAUGUACCUUAUGGAAAUAUUCAAAGCCGAAUGGAACUCAGAAAAAGACUUAGCUGCAAACCCUUUAAGUGGUAUCUUGAAAAUGUUUAUCCUGAGUUACGGGUACCUGAUCAUCAAGAUAUAGCUUUUGGGGCUUUGCAGCAGGGUACCAAUUGCCUUGAUACUUUGGGCCAUUUUGCAGAUGGUGUUGUUGGAGUUUACGAAUGUCAUAAUGCCGGAGGAAACCAGGAAUGGGCCUUAACAAAGGACAAGUCAGUGAAACACAUGGAUUUGUGCCUUACUGUUGUGGACAGAGCACCUGGUUCACUAAUAAAACUUCAGGGCUGCAGGGAAAAUGACAGCAGACAGAAAUGGGAACAAAUUGAAAGCAACUCUAAACUGAGGCACGUUGGCAGCAACCUCUGUCUAGACAGCCGAAAUGCCAAAAAUGGUGGUCUCACUGUUGAGAUCUGCAGUCCUUCUUUAUCACAACAGUGGAAAUUCACACUUAAUCUGCAGCAGUAGAACUUACAAGCAAAAUGCUGUUUCAACUCAUAGACAUCGGGCAAAGUUUUGAUUGAAUUACUGAUGUAUUUCUUAAAACUUUCCACGGAACUUAUAUACCUCAGUAUUCCAUCUUUAUCUGAAAGUAGGAGAGUGCUGAAGCGGACACCAGGGAACAGGUGGACUUGGAGCACUGCAAAGAUUUCACUGAACGUGGCCUCAGCACGGCUCCUUCUUGGUGUGAAGACUUUAACAGUUCCUUUCUGUCUUCAGUUACAUACUUGCACAGCAGAUAACUAACUCUAGGAACAACUGAUGUACGAUAGAAAAAGGAUCUUGAAAAACGCCUGUGGGGAACAGGG